AUGGCCGAUGACCCGCCGCCCGAGCCGUCCACCGCCCCGCCCGUGGAUAAGGUCGUGGUGCUGCUGAAGGCCACCGGCGACGCGCCCAUCUUGAAGCAGAACAAGUUCAAGAUCACCGCCAGCGAUCGGUUCGAGAAGGUUGUCCAGUUUCUCACCGCGCAGCUCAAGCCGCAGAUUGGCGCCGACGGGCGGGUGUUCGUGUACCUCAACAGCGCGUUCACGCCGAGGUACGACGAGAAGGUGGCGAACCUGUACGCGUGGCACGGGGUGGAGGGCAAACUCGUCGUCAACUACGCCCUGCAGCAGGCGUGGGGGUGA